CCAUUGUCCUCGUCCUCCCUUUUAUCUCUCGCUUAAAAGAAAAAAAAAUGAUGCAUCCUCUUCUUCUUUCCUUCUCGCACACCCUUCCUCCACCAAUCUCUCCUCACGAUGAGGUACCCCGCUCUACCGUUCUUUGCCUUUCUCACCGCCUUCCUCGUCGUGGUCCCGGUUCCAUGGCAUUGGCGGGCACGUAAUAUCGCCACGCUCGCUAUGAUGGGCUGGCUCUUCGUCGUUAACAUGAUAUACGGCAUCAACUCUCUCGUGUGGGCUGGUCAUGUGGAUAAUCCAGCGCCGGUGUGGUGUGAUAUCUCAACAAAACUCGUGGUCGGUGCAUCGUUCGCGAUGCCCUUGGCGACGAUAUGCAUAUGCAAGCACCUCGAGAUGGUUUCGUCGACUCGUGCAGUACCAAUGGACGUAGCUGACAAACGACGGAGGAUGGUGUUUGAGUCUGUGAUGUGUUUCCUGUUUCCAUUGGUUUUUAUGGCUCUUCACUAUAUCGUCCAAGGACACCGGUAUGACAUCAUCGAAAAUAUCGGCUGCCAAGCUGCCCUGUACAUUUCUCUCCCGGCCGUAUUUCUGUUCUACUUUCCGCCUCUGCUCUUCUCCCUCAUAACAUUUGGAUAUGCAGGUGCAGCCCUCCAUCAUUUCGUCGUCCGCCGACUCACCUUUGCCGCCCACCUCCAAAAUGCCAGCAACUCCCUAACCACCUCACGCUAUCUCCGGCUCAUCGCCAUGGCUCUCGUCGAGAUGAUCUGGGGCGUCACUCUCACCUCGCUCAAUCUCGCGAAUAACGUCGCCGGUGGCCUCAGGCCGUACACCUCCUGGGCCAGCGUCCACGCCGAUUUCUGGAACGUCCCGCGCUACCCGGCCCUCAUCCUCCCCAAGGGGUACAUGGAUCGCGUCAUUUUGAUCUGGUUCACGAUGCCCGUGACAGGACUGAUAUUCUUCGCGUUCUUCGGGUUUGGCGAGGAGGCUAAGAAGGAAUACAGGAGAUUGUGGACAUGGGUGAGGACAAGAGUGUUGAAGAGAAAGGAUGAUGUAAGCAAGGGCGGAAAAGGAUUCGGACGCGUCCGAGCUUCACGCGCACUUCGUCUAUCGUCCAUCGCCACGAUUGAUAUCGCGGGUAAGAAGCUCGAUGAGAGUGUCUCUAGCCCUGCAACGACUAUCAGUCUCACGCCUAUCACGCCCACGAAAUCUGAGCCUGAACGAUCACCGUCAUUGCGUAAAGACCCCCGCUUGUUUGAUGAAGACGUCGAAUCGCAAUCGUUCAGGAGCACGCUGUCGUAUUAUGCGAGGGAUGAAGAUGAUGGCGAUAUCGAUUCGAUGCACGUUGCACCGUCUUCGGUAGAUGGCACGGUGCCUACCCCAAGACCAUUUAGCUACCCCAUGCAAGCUGUCCCCGCUCACCCCAUACGAAUGCCGCAGCCGUUUUCAUUUACCCGGCAGCCAGCUGUGCCGUACCCAGAACCACCUUCGUACGGCAACGGCGUGCAGGUAACGAUACACCAACAGACGUCUGUUGAUCGGAUAGUCUGAAGACCGUUCAUUAAUAUUUACAUAUCUUCGUCUUCUGCUUUUCUCCCGUUAGUAUAUCUUUUCGCUCAUUUUCAUGCUUCUAUUACAUGAUUGUACUUGUAGACAUUGAAAUAAAGGAAUACGUC